AUGUCUCAAUGGCCUGGUACUGAUGCCUUUAAGCUAAUACGUUCCUUGCACGAGCACGUUACUUCCACAAAAUGCUCAUAUAGUGCACUCCAGAUAAUACCUGGAGCACCAGAUGGAGAGAUCCUAGCCCACGAGUCUGAGGAAAGAGAUGCUCUUGAUAUUGCAUUGUCUAAGAAGACAUACUUGGGUGUGUUUGCCGAAGCACAUGCUUUUUUCGAGAAAGUGGGCUAUAGGGAAAUUCACGUUAAGGACCUCACAGACACUGAGCUCUGGACGGUGUACUACGCUUCAGGGUCUAUUUUGUUUACUACAAACGAACACUUUACAGCAUGGAGAGUCCGCCAGGAUGUUGUUUUGGAGUUGCUACGCCGUGGAAACGAGAUACUUUUGGAUGAGUUCAAUUUUGCAACCUUUCUUGCAGCGUCAAGGCUAAAACGGGUGAAUAAGAGCUCAAUUCUUUUUGCAUGGAUACGGAGGGUGUACGUUGCUUUGGAGGGGGAGCUGAAGGUCAGAGAACUUCUUGUUGUUAGGCUUUUGAAGUCUUUGGAUGCUCAUUUUGCUAAUUACUGUGCUGGAUACACAUUGCAAUGGUUGAUUAGGGUUCUUCGAGCCCAGGGAGACGGCAAGACACUUGGAUAUCUAGCUGAAAAGCUUCGAAGCGCUUGCAGGAGCCACCUAAGUGAUGUCACAUUAUGGAGAACGUACAGUGUCUACCUCAGAAGUGAGGAUAGCGAUACGUACGCUGUUGAGCUGUUCAAUGAAGAUCUUCAAUUCUGGGGACCAAAAGUGGCCAAUUCAAAGCUCCUUAGUGUUUCACUUCCUUCAUGGGACAAGUCUGAGGACAUUGCAGCCGAAUUGGACUGGCUCCUCAAGGUACAAUGUCCAUACCUCACGCCUUACGAUUGUCUAUAUGAAGCUGCUUCAGACAAACCUGCAUUCCAAGAAACCAUCAAAACUGCUUUCAAAAGCAUGGAUCUGAAACCUACCAACGCUGAUCCAGAGAAUGUGCUUACUGCUCAAUCUACCAACUUCAAAGAUAUCCUCCACCAGCAAGAACAAGCCAAACAGUCUCCCGAGGCCGCAGCAGCCACCGCCGCCAACCCCACGGGUAAAGUAAGUGCAGCUCAGAUCAGACUACAAAAAGAUGUCACUGAGCUUGAGUUGCCCUCUACAGUGAAAAUAGAAUUUCCUGAUCCUCGUGAUCUUUUUAACUUCAGAAUAUUCAUCAGGCCUGCUGAGGGCUACUAUAACGGUGGUGUGUUCAGCUUUACUGUGGAGAUUGGAGACAACUUCCCCAUCGACCCUCCUAAGAUCAAAUGUACGCAGAAGAUCUACCAUCCUAAUAUAGACUUGGAGGGCAAUGUGUGUCUUAAUAUCUUGAGGGAAGACUGGCUGCCUGUGUUGUCGCUUAACUCGGUUAUUCUGGGGCUCAACUUCCUCUUCUUGGAGCCCAACCCUAACGACCCAUUGAAUAAAGCUGCUGCCAACGUUUUGGCAAAGAACACAUCCACAUUUGCACGAAAUGUUCGUCUGGCCAUGCGUGGGCUGACUGUGGAUUACGAGACUUACGACAGGGUGGUAUAA